AUGGCCGAGGGGAACGCGGUUACCGAUCGAGAGCGACUGCUGAGAAGGGUGCAGGAGCUGGAAGAGGAGGUGAGGCGGCUGCAGGAGGAGCUCGGAGAGGACCAGGAGGGCGCUGGGAGAAGAGAGGCCCCUUCGGCCCCCGGGAAAGGCAGGAAACGCCAGCAACGGCCGUUCGAUUUUGGCGCCUACGGCCGCAGGCACGUGGCGCUGAAGAUCGCCUACCUGGGCUGGGGCUACCAGGGCUUUGCCAGCCAGGAGAACACCAGCAACACCAUCGAGGAGAAGCUCUUCGAGGCCCUGAAGAAGACGCGGCUGGUAGACGACAGACAGACCUCCAACUACCACCGCUGCGGGCGGACGGACAAAGGAGUCAGUGCCUUUGGACAGGUGAUUUCCCUCGACCUCCGCUCGAACCUGGCGGAGGGGAAGAAGCUCAACGGCCAUGAGGGUGACUUGGAAGGCAAAAGGGAGGGGGAGGAGGAGCUCCGCUACACCCAUAUUCUGAACAGGGUGCUCCCGCCCGACAUCCGGGCGCUGGCCUGGGCCCCUGUGGAGCCCGAUUUCAGCGCCAGGUUCAGCUGCCUGAAGAGGACCUACCGGUACUUCUUCCCCUCUGCCGACCUGGACGUGGGCCUCAUGCACGCCGCAGCCCAGAGGUACGUGGGAACCCACGACUUCCGUAACCUCUGUAAAAUGGACGUGGCCAACGGGGUGGUCAACUUCCAGAGGACGAUCCUCAGCGCCGGAGUGACGCGGGUGGAGAGAGAGGGAGGAGAAACGGACCUGCAGGAUCCCUUCCGUCUGUGCCAGUUUGAGGUGACAGGACAGGCGUUCCUGUACCACCAAGUGCGUUGCAUGAUGGCCAUCCUCUUCCUCAUCGGCCAGGGGAUGGAGAGCCCCGAGAUCAUCGACGAGCUGCUGGACGUGGAGAAGAAUCCCCAAAAACCGCAGUACAGCAUGGCAGUCGAGUUUCCCCUUGUCCUGUAUGACUGCGAGUUUGAAAACCUGCAGUGGCUUUACGACCGGGAAGUGCAGGAGUUCAACGUCACUCACCUGCAACAGCUCUGGGCCAACCACGCCGUCAAAACUCAAGUGCUACGUGACAUGUUACGAGGGCUGGAUGCUGCUCCCGUGCCCACUGGAAAAA